UUGUCCUUAAUUGAAUUUAUAUUAAAAGUGCUAUUUCAACACCAUUUAAUCCUUUAGCAUUAUAAUUCAAAUAUAAUGACUCCAUGCGGGAGUCCUUUCCUUUAACAGACCCACUAGAGAUUAAACACAAGUUAAAAACUGGACAUUCUUUCUCUGUCAUACGUCUGCUCUUCUGGAACCACCCUAAAGAGGAUACUCGAUACACAAUAUGGCCAAAAGUGUGUGGACACCUAACCAGCACACCCAUGUGUAGGUCUUCUCAAAACUGUUGAAAAGUACAGCAUACAUGACUUUGCAUGCUGUAGAUUUAGGAUUUCCCUUCAUUGGAACUAAGGAGAAAAAACCCGUUCCGGCAUGUUCCAGUCUACGGUAUAAAGACGUGCUUUACCAAGAGCCCUGCCCUCAACCUCAAAACUUUUGUGCUGACUUUGGAAUGCCAACUGUGCAGCAGGAUUUCUCACUCGACCUCACGAAUGCUCUUGGAGCUGAAGGGACACAAAUCUCCCAAGCGAAGAGUGGAGACUGGGAGGAACGGGAUGUUCAACAAGCAUGAGUGCAUUCGACUGCUACUCUUUGGAAAUAAUAAAAAUGUUAGGGCACUGAAUACAUCCGAUAUCCCUGGUACAUCUAUAUCCACUGUUGUUCCUCUGAUCAUUACCACUAAUGGUGGUGUUGACGUCAGUUCACAUGCAGGACUUCAUCCAUCUGUGCCUUUUUUUUUUUUUUUCUGGGAAACCAAUUUCAGAUCAUUUCCCUGAGAGGCAGACCAUUUUCUCUUCAGAAAUGAGGAAAUGUAGCUUGCUCACACUGUUUUGUGGCAUUAAUGGCCAAGAAUGCAGUCUGUCUGUUCUCCUUUUAGACCACUGUGACUCAGCUCAUCCUUAUCAUCUGUGUGUGUUUGUGUUUUGUUUUUGAGCAGCUGAGGCAGUAAGUAAAUAAGUAUUUGAUCAACAUGAACCUCCACUGAUGUGUUUUAUCAGGUUCUGUGUGUGUGUGUGUGUGUGUGAGAGACAGCUGGUGCUGCACAGAUCAUGUAAGACCUGAGAAAAGGGAAGUGGCUAUAAGGUGAGAAAAAAGAUAACACUAAUAAAACACUCGCUCAUGCUGACCUUUGACCCAUAGGAGUUUAUGCGAUGCUGAUGCGGGGCAUCCGCUGCACUCGAGCACACAGCCAGUGGUGCAGAGUGUGUAGCCUAUUGGCACACUGCUCUAUCUGUGUGCGUGUGAAUUUGUGCAUGUGUGUGUGUGUUUUCAAUCUGCUUCUGCUAUGACACGGAGGUCGGCCCGGCCUCUGAAGAGCUCUUAAUGCGGCACAUUUGGGAAUCUCACUCAACAGCUGACUGUGACUGGAUGGAGACUGUGGGACUGGACUUUGAGACCUCUGAAUGUGAAAGGAUACUUUGAACGAAAGAGGAUUUUGCACAAAAAGCUCGCUUCGAGGGCCGGGAUUAAUGGGAAGCCCGUGGAGUUUGAUCUGAAAGCCACUUCUGACUCUGAAAUGUACUCUCUCAUGAAUUCCAGGGUGUCUGGGGUUUUAAAAGUGCACGUCAGAAAUGUCAGACAUUUUUGAGUUAAAGUUAUCAAGAUACAACGAAUCUUAAUCUGGUUAAUUUAUUUAUGAAUUAUUAUUAUUAUUAUUAUUAUUAUUAUUAUUAUGACAGUCCAUACAGGAUUUCACAGAGUUUUUUACCUGAAUGUUGCGGCAAAAAAUGCUUUUUACUUUGUGAUGCACCUUGUGGACUUUUUUAUUGUUUUUUUUAAAUUUUUUUUAAUUGGUGCUUGAAUUGGCGAGAUAAUUUUGAAAAAUCGCAAGCUUGUCCGAAUAUUGUGGAGUUUGCGUGAUUUUGCGUUCAUUCCUGCGAUUGUAAAAUCCUGGAGCGACUGUACUUAUUAUUAGGUCGAUUUUAUGAUGUCUUAUAUGAUGUGCCUUCAUUGUCAGGCGUUUUUUGGGGGGGGGGGGUUUUCCCCGCCACUUUUUCACAUUUGAUAUCUUGCCGCACAUCUGGUCAUAAAAUUUGAUUUGUAAUGGUGCUAAAAUUUAAGGAUACCUCUAGACACCUUGUGAAUACAUUCAAAAUGUUUAGUUUUCCUUGAAGAUCUCUCAUGUAUACACAGUUUAACAGCACACUUGAAGAUAUGACCAUGUCUCCAGCCAUGCUCUGAAGAGAGAGAGAGAGCGAGAGAGAGAGAGAGAGAGAGAGAGAGAGAGAGAGACAGAGAGACAGAGAGACUAUGGCUUACUGUCUGUAUUGCUGCAUCUGCAGGAGGAGAAUACAAGAUGAGGUAAGAACACAGAGAAGGGUGGCGGUUAGAAGGAAAAGAGGAGGCGGUGAGGAGGUUGAUGAGUUAAUGACAUGCAGGGACAAGCAGGGAAUUCCUUUGCAGGCUGCGUAACACUUCCACACAGCUUUAUUCCCUCAGCAGAGCUGAACAGAAGCUUCGGCCACUGUGUUGACAUUGUAGCGUGUGUGUGAAUGUGGAUUAAACGUGUCUGCAUGAGCGUGGAUGAUAACUGGUGCUUGUAUCUGGAUGUCUCUGAACGUGAAUGGAUUCCUGUCUAGAGCAGUUUCCUGGGCAGUGCAAGCUUCUCUGUUUCUGACCUCCUCAAGUCAAAGGACCAGCAGCUCUCUCUCAGCCUGAGGACGGCAGAUGAUUCGGCAGCUGUGGGGACGGUGGUGGUGUCUCGCCUGAGGAUGGGAGAGAUUGAGGAUGGUGGUGUGGACCACAUUGCCACUGACACACACCAAAAGUGCACUCUGGUGUGUGAACCUCAUGGGACCACAAACGACAAGGAUAACGGGCCACUGAUGAAUGCAGUGUUUAAGAACCCGGUGUGUAAAGUGUACAGGUUUCAGACGACGGACAGCAAGUGGAUGCUAGUGAGGGAGCAGAUGGCUGAGUGCACUUUGUCCUUCAGCAUCCCCAUCCAGCUCCUCAGGCUGUACAUUCAGGAGGACAGACAGAGGAUACAGGAGCUGAACAAUCUGGGUGAGCUCUCUCCACACUGGGACAACCUGAGGAGAGACGUCAUCGCCCGCUACAGCCAUCUCAUCAAAACCUACCAGGACACACUCGCUGAGCUGGAGAAGUUCACCGGUCCUCCAUUCAAGCCGAGCUGCAGCAAGGCGCAGAAAUACCUGGAGUUCAUUCCCAUUAAUCUGCACACACAGCGCAUGAGGGUGACGUGUCCUCGGAAAACAGACUCCUUCUACGAUGUGAUCACAGUUGGAGCUCCAGCCGCUCACUUCCAGGGCUUUAAGAACGGAGGCCUUCAGAAGCUGCUCAGCCGAUAUGAAGCAGAGAAGAAGAGCUACAGCACGGCGUAUCAGUGCAUCUAUUACUCUCCAGAGCACACAGCCAAGGCCAGAGAGAUCCUGAGCAUGGUGGCCCAGCUGCAGCCCCUCAUCUGCGGCCUGGCCGACCGCCUUCUCGUCCAGGCCCAGCAACGCUGCAGCCACAGCCUCCGGGAAGCCCUCAAGAGUCUGGAGGAAAAGACCGAGCAGUUUGUGCACACUCUGAAGGACGAGCUGGUGAAGAACGCUCUCUUCGCGCUACACGCAGCGCGACCCGGCUACAUGAACAAAAGCCACAUUUCCGCCCAGACCGAAACACACUUGACCCAAACCGCAAGCUCGGACGUGACCCCGAACCAAAACCUGAGCCGGGAGCCGAGCGUCGUCAUCUGCAACAACGUGUCUGGAUCUCAGACACCCCCGAAAAAUGAAGCUCGCCAGCCUCUUAAACACCAAGACCUUCCCCACCAUGAGGAGUACGACGAAGAGGAAUGGGACAGGGUGUGGGCCAAUGUGGCCAAGGGUCUGAACUGUGUCAUCGCCAUGGUGGAUAAGCUACAGGAGCAGGACAACAACAACCAGGAGUCUGCUCCUGACCAGGCGCUCGCUGAUGUCAUUACUUCCCACAGUCCAGCUGCAGACUGGAGGGAACAGCUCAGCCCCUUGGUGGUGGCGCUGAAGGAUUGUGUAAACGAGGUGGCAGACAGAGCGAGCAAGUCCAUGAGUUUUGUUCUCCUCCAGGAGGCAGCGUGCAGCACACCAUCAGGCCUGCAGCUCCAACAGAGACGUGACACUGUAUUCAGCCAAGCGCUGGCUGCACUAGCCUGUGGUUUUCUUAUGCGGUUGUACUCUGGAUUAGAGGAUAAGGGCUUCAUCAGACAACUGCACACAGUAGGAGUGGUGGCUCAGUUCGAGAGCCUGCUCAGCACAUACAGUGAGGAGAUAGGCAUGCUGGAGGAUAUGGAGGUGGGGAUUUCUGAUCUACAGAGAGUCACAUUCAAAAUCACAGAAGCUGCUUCUGAUGACCCCAGCAAUCUGCAGCCAACUGUCAGUGGCAGACGAGACCAUUACACUGUAGAAGUGCCACUUCCACUCCAAACCUUCCAGAUGUUACCGGAUGAAGUGCGUCAGGGCAAGCUGCUGCAGGUCUUCCCCGUGCUCUUCAACGUGGGCAUCAACGAACAGCAGACGAUCGCUGAGAGGUUUGGGGAUAUAUCCUUACAGGAGAGGAUAAAUCAGAGAAAUUUUGACAUUUUAGAGACCUAUUGUAAGUCACUCAGUGACAGGAUUCCAUUAGAAUGUCUGCCUUCUUUUCAGAUGCAACCAGAUAUUAAGGAGCUGCUUGAAACACUGGGCCAGAAUGUGGUGACCAAGAAGAGGAAGAAUGUAGAAAUUCUCUGGCUUGCAGGAGCGAUCUGUCGGCGACUUAACGGCAUCCGCUUCACCAGCUGUAAAAGUGCCAAAGACAGGACGUCCAUGUCAGUGACGCUAGAGCAGUGUGCCCUCCUGAGGGACGAGCACCAGCUCCAUAAGGACUAUUUCGUCCGGGCACUGGACUGCAUGCGCAGCAGUCGGCUGGCCCAGGGCGAAGGUGCCCAAUGGGACGACCCUGAGGCAGGCUCCAUAGCCAAUCACAAGCCGGCGCCACGCCAAUUCUACCCAAUCGCUCUUCUGCUUGUUAGCUCUCACCUGCUGGUAGUGUGGCUCAUUUUAAGUCUUGUUUUCCUGCUUGCAAAAUAUCAAUAAACUGCUGAUUAUACCAUAACGACCCUCGUGCUGUCUAACUUUGUUCUCGGCUCGCUCUGGGUGUGAAAAGCACCUUGUCUCUUCUGCGGUGUCUCUGGGGUAUGCUCGUUUACUCACUUAUCAUUUCCCUGUGCUCUAAUCCUCUUUAACAGCUGUCGUUGGGGUUUGCUUGUUUUGUUUCCUACUUCACAGCAAUUGCACAUUCGAAAACAAAUCAUUAUGUUUUAUAUAAUAAGGUGAUGGAUUUUCCACUCCAGGCUGAUGUAUUUAGUUCAGCCAUGCAACACACCAAAGCAGUGAGCAACCCUGAGCAGAAUUUUAGCCUUAUUUCCCAUGAGGCCAUUGCAUCAGCACUACCAUUGGCCAGAUAAACACAUUACUUCGGCCUCUAAAAAGGCAUGCAUUCACGCUCUGGCAUGAAAAGUCAGGCAAGUUGUCCUUUUUGAUAUUUACGUUAUUUACGAUUAGUAUUUAUCUGUGUAGAGGUCUCUACACCUCUCAGUAAAGUAGUAAACGUGUGAUACUGUACGCGAGGAGUGAAACACGAUGGGGUAAAACGCUGUUAUCAUCAAGAAACUAAUCAAUGCCAAAAUGGUGUACCAACCCAACAUUGAUUCAUUUCCAAUACCAGCACAUCCCGUAGUGUUUUAUUCCUUUUAUGCUACAGCAAUUUGCCAACAAUUCAUUUUUUUGUUUAUUAAUAAUGAAUAACCACGGAUCGACCAUGACGCUGACCAAGAUAAAGCGGUUACAGAAGACGAACGAAUGCAUAAUGAUAAAUCACAACGACGCAUCAUGGAUGUUACU